CGGCGCCGGGCGGCGUAGGCAGGUUCCGGGGCCCGGCCCGCUCCCCGCCCCCUGUGUUGUCGCCUCUCCCUCUCGCGCUGCACUUCACGGGGCGAACAUGGCGCACAGCUGUCGGUGGCGCUUCCCCGCCCGGCCCGGGACCACCGGGGGCGGCGGCGGCGGGGGGCGCCGGGGCCUGGGGGGCGCCCCGCGCCAGCGCGUGCCGGCCCUGCUGCUCCCGCCCGGGCCCGCGGGCGGCGGCGCGGCCGGGGCGCCCCCCUCCCCCGCGGCCGCGGCGGCGGGAAGCGGCGGGGCCGCGGCUGCGGUGGGAGCGGCCGCCGCCUCGGCAGCCCCCGCGGCGCCCGCCGCGUCCUCGGCGCCGUCCGCGCCCGCGGCCCCCGCCGGGCCGGCGCUGCUCCGGGUGGGCCCCGGCUUCGACGCGGCGCUGCAGGUCUCGGCCGCCAUCGGCACCAACCUGCGCCGGUUCCGGGCGGUGUUUGGGGAGAGCGGCGGGGGAGGCGGCAGCGGAGAGCUAACAACACAGAUCCCAUGUAGUUGGAGAACCAAAGGCCUCAUACAUGACAAAAAGACUGAACCGUUCAGGUUACUUGCAUGGAGUUGGUGCUUAAAUGAUGAGCAGUUCUUAGGUUUUGGCUCAGAUGAAGAAGUCAGAGUACGAAGUCCCACCAGGUCUCCUUCAGCCAAGAGCAGUCCUCGCAAGCCCCGCGGGAGGCCUCGCAGCGGCUGCGACCGGAGCCCCGCCCUCCUCUCCGACCCGCCGGCCUUCCCCCCUCUCGGCAAGCCAGAGACCAAGCCCGCAGAUAAGAUCAGGAAGAAAGACUCUAAAAGUUUAGAAAAGAAGAGAGGAAGACCUCCCACCUUCCCUGGAGUGAAAAUCAAAAUAACGCACGGCAAGGACGUUUCCGAGUUACCAAAGGGAAGCAAAGAAGACAGCCUGAAAAAGAUCAAACGGACCCCGUCCGCCACGUUCCAGCAAGCCACCAAGAUUAAAAAGCUGCGAGCAGGCAAGCUCUCCCCCCUCAAGUCCAAGUUCAAGGCGGGGAAGCUGCAGAUCGGAAGGAAGGGGGUGCAGAUUGUCCGGCGGCGCGGCCGGCCGCCCUCCACCGAGAGAGUCAAGGCGCCGGCGGGCCUCCUGCUCGGCUCGCCCCCGGACAAGCCCCCGAAGGCCCGCAGGGACGCGGACGGGGCGCCGGCCGCCGCCAAGGACGACAAGACGGUGAGGCAGAGCCCUCGGAGGGUGAAGCCCGUGCGGAUCAUCCCGUCCUCCAAAAGGACGGACGCCGCCAUCGCCAAGCAGCUGCUGCAGCGCGCCAAGAAGGGGGCGCAGAAGAAGAUCGAGAAGGAGGCGGCCCAGCUGCAGGGCCGCAAGGCGAAGACGCAGGUCAAGAACAUCCGGCAGUUCAUCAUGCCCGUGGUCAGCGCCAUCUCCUCGCGCAUCAUCAAGACGCCCCGCCGCUUCAUCGAGGACGAGGACUACGACCCGCCCAUCAAGAUCGCGCGCCUGGAGCCCGCGCCCGGCGGCCGCUUCGGCGCCGCGUCCUGCGGCUCCUCCGACAAGUCGAGCGCCGCCUCGCAGCACUCCUCGCAGCUGUCCUCCGACUCGUCGCGCUCCAGCAGCCCCAGCGUGGACACCUCCACCGACUCGCAGGCCUCGGAGGAGAUGCCGGGGCUCCCCGAGGAGCAGGGCCACACCCCCGAGGCGCACGCGCCACUGCCCGCUGCCCAGGCCCCGGAGAGCGACCGGAGCGACCGGCGGGGCCGGCGCUACUCGGCGUCGGAGCGGAGCUUCGGGGCCAAGGCAGCCAAGAAGCUGUCAGCGCUGCCGAGCGCGCCGCCGCCGCCCGCGGCCCCCGCCUCGCCCCCGCCGCCGCUGCUGUCGCCGCCGCCGCCCCUGCAGCCGGCCGCCGGCCUGGCGGACGCCACGCCCUGGCUGCUGCCGCCCACCAUCCCGCUGGCGUCGCCAUUCCUGCCCGCGCCCACCGCGCCGCUGCAGGGCAAGCGCAAGUCCAUCCUGCGCGAGCCCACCUUCCGCUGGACGUCGCUGAAGCACUCGCGCGCCGAGCCGCCCUUCUUCUCCUCCGCCAAGUACGCCAAGGAGGGCCUCAUCCGCAAGCCCGUAUUCGACAACUUCCGGCCGCCGCCGCUCACGCCGGAGGACGUGGGCUUCGCCGCGGGCUUCUCGGCGCCCGGCGCCGCGCGGCUCUUCGCGCCGCUGCACGCGGGGCCGCGGUUCGACGUGCACAAGCGGAGCCCGCUGCUGCGCGCGCCGCGCUUCACGCCCAGCGAGGCGCACUCCCGCAUCUUCGAGUCCGUCACGCUGCCCGGCGGCCGCGCCCCCGCCGCGCCCAGCCGCAAGCGCAAGCGCCGCGUGUUCAGCCCGCUGCGCGCCGAGCCGCGCUCGCCCUCGCACUCCAUGCGCACGCGCAGCGGCCGCCUCAGCGCCGCCGAGCUGUCGCCGCUCACGCCGCCGCCCGGGGCCGCCUCGCUGAGCCUCGCCGCCAGCCCCCACGCCGCCAGUGCCUUAAGCCCCGCCUUCACCUUCCCCGCGCACCCGCUGGCGCCCGGGGAGGCCACCGAGAAGGCCCCGCGGCCCCGGAGGCCCGGCGCCCCCGCCGAGCCCUUCGCGGCCGGCGGCCCCGCGCCGCUCUUCCCCUGGUUCACGCCCGGCGCCCAGGCCGACCGGGGCCGCGCCCGCGACCGCGCCCCCGAGGAGCCGGCCCGCGACCGCGAUGCGGCCGCCGACAAGCCCGUGGAGAAGGACAAGGGCCGAGAGCGCGACCGCGAGCGGGAGAAGGAGAACAAGAGGGAGUCCCGCAAAGAGAAGCGCAGAAAGGGGUCCGAGAUCCAAGCCGCCGCCCUGUUCCCCGCAGGCAGGGCGGCCAAGGACAAGGCUGGGGGGGAAGAGGCGGCCGCGUCGUCCUCCGCCAAGAAGGUCACGGGGCGGAAGAAGUCUUCGUCCCUCGAUCCUGGGCCCGAGGUUGCUGCCGUGACUCUGGGGGACUCGGCCGCUGUCAAAACCAAAAUACUGAUCAAGAAAGGGCGAGGGAGCCUGGACAAGGCCGGCCUGGACCUCGGCGCCGCCGCCCCGCCGCCCGAGAAGGAGAAGGCCCUGUGCCUGCCCGCGCCCGGCGUCAAGCACUCCGCGCCCUCCAUCGGCUCCAUGCUGGCGCAGGCGGACAAGCUCCCCAUGACCGACAAGAGGGUCGCCAGCCUCCUCAAGAAGGCCAAGGCCCAGCUCUGCAAGAUCGAGAAGAGUAAGAGUCUUAAGCAAACCGACCAGCCCAAAGCACAGGGUCAAGAAAGUGACUCAUCAGAGACUUCUGUGCGAGGACCCCGGAUUAAACACGUCUGCAGAAGAGCUGCCGUGGCCCUUGGCCGGAAACGCGCUGUGUUUCCUGACGACAUGCCCACCCUGAGUGCCUUACCGUGGGAAGAACGAGAGAAGAUUUUGUCUUCCAUGGGGAAUGAUGACAAGUCCUCCAUCGCUGGCUCAGAAGAUGCUGAGCCUCUUGCUCCGCCCAUCAAGCCGAUCAAACCCGUCACCAGGAACAAGGUGCCCCAGGAGCCCCCUGUGAAGAAGGGCCGGCGUUCCAGGCGGUGUGGGCAGUGCCCUGGCUGCCAGGUGCCCGAGGACUGUGGUGUCUGCACUAACUGCCUGGACAAGCCCAAGUUCGGAGGCCGCAACAUAAAGAAGCAGUGCUGCAAGAUGAGAAAAUGCCAGAAUCUACAGUGGAUGCCUUCGAAAGCCUAUCUUCAGAAGCAAGCAAAAGAUAAUCAUGUUUUCCCCCUAGCUGUGAAAAAGAAAGAGAAGAAGUCCAAGAGCAGUGAAAAGAAAGAGAGUAAAGAGAACAGUGUUGUGAAGAGCGUAGUGGACGCCAGUCAGAAGCCCCUCCCGUCGGCACGCGAGGACCCUGUCCCCAAGAAAAGCAGCAGUGAGCCUCCCCCUCGGAAGCACACAGAAGAGAAGAGCGAAGAGGGGCCCGCCUCUGCUCCGGCGCCCGAACCCAAACAGGCUCCCACUCCAGCCUCCAGGAAGUCCAGCAAGCAGGCCUCCCAGCCAGCACCCGCGCCCGCGCCCCCCCCUCAGCCACCCAGCACGGCGCCCCCCAGGAAAGACGCCCCCAAGGCAGCUCCCAGCGAGCCCAAGAAGAAGCAGCCCCUGCCGCCGGACCCAGGUCCAGAGCAAAGCAAGCAGAAAAAGGUGGCUCCUCGCCCAAGUAUUCCUGUAAAACAAAAACCAAAAGAAAAGGAAAAACCACCUCCCGUCAGCAAGCAGGAGAACGCAGGUACUCUGAACACCCUCAGCACUCUUUCCAGCGGCGGCAGCUCCAAGCAGAAGGUCCCCGCAGACGGCGUCCACAGGAUCAGAGUGGACUUUAAGGAGGAUUGUGAAGCCGAGAACGUGUGGGAGAUGGGCGGCUUGGGCAUCCUGACCUCCCUCCCCAUCACGCCCAGGGUGGUGUGCUUCCUCUGUGCCAGCAGUGGGCACGUGGAGUUUGUGUAUUGCCAAGUCUGCUGUGAGCCCUUCCACAGGUUCUGUUUAGAGGAGAACGAGCGCCCCCUGGAGGACCAGCUGGAAAACUGGUGUUGCCGUCGCUGCAAGUUCUGUCACGUUUGUGGAAGGCAGCACCAAGCCACAAAGCAGCUGCUGGAAUGUAAUAAGUGCCGAAACAGCUAUCACCCCGAGUGCCUAGGACCUAACUACCCCACCAAACCUACCAAGAAAAAGAAAGUCUGGAUCUGCACCAAGUGUGUGCGCUGCAAGAGCUGUGGAUCCACCACCCCAGGCAAAGGCUGGGACGCGCAGUGGUCCCACGACUUCUCACUGUGCCACGACUGUGCCAAACUCUUUGCUAAAGGAAACUUCUGCCCGCUCUGUGAUAAGUGUUAUGACGAUGACGACUAUGAGAGUAAGAUGAUGCAGUGUGGGAAGUGUGAUCGCUGGGUCCAUUCCAAAUGUGAGAAUCUUUCAGGUACAGAAGAUGAGAUGUAUGAGAUCCUGUCGAAUCUGCCGGAAAGUGUGGCCUAUACGUGUGUGAACUGCACCGUGCGGCACCCUGCAGAGUGGCGGCUGGCCCUGGCCACGGCGCUGCAGGCCUCCCUCAAGCAGGUGCUGACGGCCUUGCUGAAUUCUCGGACCACCAGCCACUUGCUACGCUACCGACAGGCUGCCAAGCCCCCAGACUUAAACCCCGAGACGGAGGAGAGCAUACCUUCCCGCAGCUCCCCGGAGGGCCCGGACCCGCCCGUGCUCACCGAGGUCAGCAAGCAGGAGGAGCCGCAGCCUGUGGAUCUGGAAGGGGUCAAGAAGAAGAUGGACCAAGGGAACUACACGUCUGUGUUGGAGUUCAGUGAUGACAUCGUGAAGAUCAUCCAGGCGGCCAUUAAUGCAGAUGGAGGGCAGCCGGAGCUUAAGAAAGCCAACAGCAUGGUCAAGUCCUUCUUCAUUCGGCAAAUGGAACGUGUUUUUCCAUGGUUCAGUGUCAAAAAGUCCAGAUUUUGGGAACCAAAUAAAGUAUCAAGCAACAGCGGGAUGCUACCCAACGCAGUGCUUCCGCCUUCACUUGACCAUAACUAUGCUCAGUGGCAGGAGCGAGAGGACAGCGGCCGCACUGAGCAGCCUCCGCUAAUGAAGAAGAUCAUUCCGGCUCCCAAACCCAAAGGGCCCGGAGAGCCAGACUCGCCCACGCCCCCGCAUCCCCCCACGCCGCCCGCUCUGAGUACUGAUAGGAGUCGAGAAGAUAGUCCAGAACUGAACCCACCCCCAGGCAUAGAAGACAACAGACAGUGCGCGUUAUGUCUGACUUACGGCGAUGACGGUGCCAAUGAUGCCGGCCGCUUGCUGUACAUUGGCCAGAAUGAGUGGACGCAUGUGAAUUGCGCUCUGUGGUCGGCAGAAGUGUUUGAGGACGAUGACGGGUCCCUGAAGAACGUGCACAUGGCUGUGAUCCGGGGCAAGCAGCUGCGAUGCGAGUUCUGCCAGAAGCCGGGUGCCACCGUGGGCUGCUGCCUCACCUCCUGCACCAGCAACUACCACUUCAUGUGCUCGCGGGCCACGCGCUGCGUGUUCCUGGACGACAAGAAGGUGUACUGCCAGCGGCACCGGGACCUGAUCAAGGGCGAGGUGGUUCCUGAGAAUGGAUUUGAAGUCUUCAGAAGAGUGUUUGUGGACUUUGAAGGAAUCAGCUUGAGGAGGAAGUUCCUUAAUGGCUUGGAACCAGAAAAUAUUCACAUGAUGAUUGGCUCCAUGACAAUCGAUUGCUUGGGAAUUCUCAACGAUCUGUCUGACUGUGAGGACAAGCUGUUUCCAGUUGGAUACCAGUGCUCCCGGGUGUACUGGAGCACCACGGACGCCCGCAGGCGCUGCGUGUACACGUGCAGGAUCGUGGCGUGCCGCCCGCCUGCCGCGGAGCCCGACAUCAACAGCACCGUGGAGCACGACGAAAACCGGACCGUCGCCCACAGCCCCACGUCUUCUGCAGAAAUGUCAUCUAAAGAAAGUCAGAAUGCAGCUGAACUUGUAAGUCCUUCAUCACCAGACCGACCUCCUCAUAUGCAGACCUCUGGAUCCUGUUUUUAUCAUGUCAUCUCAAAGGUUCCUAGGAUUCGAACACCCAGUUAUUCUCCAACACAGAGGUCCCCUGGCUGUCGGCCACUGCCUUCUGCAGGAAGUCCUACUCCCACCACUCAUGAAAUCGUCACUGUGGGUGACCCUCUGCUGUCCUCGGGGCUCCGAAGCAUCGGCUCCAGGCGGCACAGCGCGCCGUCCUCGGCACCCCAGGCGUCGAGGCUCCGCAUGAUGUCCCCCGUGAGAGCGGGGAGCACUCACUCCAAGAACAGCGGCCCCUCCGCCUCCGCCUCCGCCCCGGGGACCGCUGUGGACCUGGAGGCCAGUGCCAAAGCAGCCGAUCGUGUUCUGGGGCCGCUGACCGCAAAUACUAACUUACGGCAAAACGCUCCCACCGCUCCCGGCUCGCAGAGGACAGUGGUGACGAUCGCCGCCAAAGCCAGCCAUGGGGAUGGCUCUGCCACUUCAGAAACGAAGCACCCCAGCGCGUCAGACCUGGCCGCCAGCUCCUCUCUGAAAGGAGAGAAGGCCAAGCUGCUGAGCUCCAAGGGCUCCGAGGGCGCUGCUCACAGCGCGGCCCACCCCGGGAUCCCCCGGCCGGCCCCGCAGCGUCACGGUCACAGUCUGCCGUCGGGCGAACCCAGCGUCAGUAAGAUGGGCACGUUUGCGGAAUUCUCCGCGGUGCCCUUCUCCUCCAGAGAGGCCCUCCCGCUCCCACCGCUGCACCUGAGGGGGCAGAGGAACGACCGGGACCUACAGCCAGACCCCACCCCGGCGGGGAGCGCCCCCGCAGAGGGCACUGCGGAAGUCAGAGCCUUGAAGCUGUCGGGAGUGGGCGGCAGGUCGUCUCUCCUCGGCGAGCACGUGGGCUCCAGAGACAGGAGGCCGAAGGGGAAGAAGUCUGGUAAGGAAACUUCCAGAGAAAAGCGCUCCGGUAAGUCCUUCUUGGAGCCUGGCCAGGUCGCCACUGCGGAGGAAGGAAGCCUGACGGCGGAGUUUGCGGAUGAGGUUUUGCCUCCUGCGUUUCCGGGGCCACGGCCGUGUAACAGUGUGUCUUCUGAUGAGAUUGGGGACAGGGUCCUUGCUUCUCCUGGCGUCCCCAAAGCUCCGUCCAUGCAAGGAGAAGGCCCUGCCACGGAAUUACAGACACCCCGAAAACGCACCGUCAAAGUGACACUGACACCCCUGAAGAUGGAAGGUGAGAGUCAGUCCAGAAACGCCCUGAAGGAGCACAGUCCUGCUUCCUCGUUGCAGGCAGAGUCCGCCUCCCCCUCGGAGACUGUCUCCACCUCCGAAAGCCCGGGAGCCGGGCCCGUGGCCCAGCCGAGCCCUGGCAGCACCGCCUCCCAGGAGCCUCCAGGCAACAGCUACCAGCCUCUCCCUGUGCAGGACCGGAACCUCCUGCUGCCCGACGGGCCCAAGCCCCAAGAGGACGGGUCCUUCAAGAGGAGGUACCCCCGCCGCAGCGCGCGGGCCCGCUCCAACAUGUUCUUCGGGCUCACCCCCCUGUACGGGGUCCGGUCCUACGGGGAGGAGGACCUUCCGUUCUACAGCAGCUCCACGGGGAAGAAACGGGGCAAGAGGUCAGCGGAGGGGCAGGUGGACGGGGCUGACGACCUGAGCACCUCCGACGAGGACGACCUGUACUACUACAACUUCACCCGCACGGUGAUCGCGGCGGGCGCCGAGGAGCGGCUGGCGGCCCACGGCCUGUUCCGGGAGGAGGAGCAGUGUGACCUCCCGAGAAUCUCACAGCUGGACGGCAUUGACGACGGGACAGAGAGCGACACCAGUGUCACGGCCACCACGAGGAAGACCAGCCAGAUUCCAAAAAGAAAUGGGAAAGAGAACGGUACGGAGAGCCUCAAGCUGGACCGGCCUGAAGACGGGGAAAAGGAGCAUGUCAUCAAGAGUUCUGGGGGCCACAAGAGCGAGCCCAAGGCGGAGAACUGCCACCCUGUGAGCCGAGGGAAGGGCCAGGGGCAGGACUCCCUGGAGGCUCAGCUCAGCUCCUUGGAGUCCAGCCGCAGGGUCCACGCGAGCGCCCCCUCGGACAAGGCCUUGCUGGACACCUACAACCCCGAGCUGCUAAAGUCGGACUCGGACAACAACAACAGCGACGACUGCGGGAACAUCCUGCCCUCGGACAUCAUGGACUUCGUCCUGAAGAACACGCCCUCCAUGCAGGCCUUGGGGGAGAGCCCUGAGUCCUCAUCCUCGGAGCUCCUGAACCUGGGUGAGGGCCUGGGCCUCGACAGCAACCGCGAGAAGGACAUAGGUCUGUUUGAAGUGUUUUCCCAGCAGCUGCCGACCGCGGAGCCUGUGGACAGCAGCGUCUCUUCGUCCAUCUCCGCCGAAGAGCAGUUCGAGCUGCCGCUGGAGCUGCCGUCCGACCUCUCGGUGCUGACCACGCGGAGCCCCACGGUCCCCGGCCCGAACCCCGGCCGGCUGGCCGUCAUCGCAGACGCAGCGGAGGAGAGGGUCGCCAUCCCGGAGAAGCCCGUGGCCGCCUCCGAGGAGGACCCAGCGCUGCUGAGCCCGGGAGUCGACCCCGCACCCGAAGGCCACAUGACUCCCGACCGCUUCAUCCAGGGACACAUGGACGCCGACCUCGCCAGCCCCCCGUGCGGCGCAGUGGAGCAGAGCCGUGGCAGCAGCCAGGAUUUAACCAGGAGCAGCAGCACCCCCAGCCUCCAGGUACCGGCUCCCCCUACCGUGCCCGGCCAGAGCCAGAAAUACGGGCCCAGCUCUGCCGAGAGCCCCGGCCCGUCUCAGAUCUCUAAUGCGGCCGUGCAGACCACGCCUCCCCACCUGAAGCCGCCCACCGAGAAGCUCAUUGUCGUUAACCAGAACAUGCAGCCACUUUACGUGCUCCAGACGCUGCCGAACGGCGUGACCCAGAAAAUCCAGUUGACCUCUUCCGUUAGCUCUGCACCCGGUGUGAUGGAGGCAAACACUUCCGUGCUGGGGCCCAUGGGCGGUGGCCUCGCGCUGACCGCGGGGCUAACCCCCGGCCUGCAGACGCCUCAGCCUCUGUUCCCUCCUGCUGGCAAAGGCUUGCUGCCCGUGCCUCACCACCAGCACUUACACCCCUUCCCCACAGCUGCUCAGGGCAGUUUCCCGCCCACCAUCAGCAGCUCUCCUCCCGGCCUGCUCAUUGGGGUGCAGCCUUCUCCAGAUCCCCAACUUCUGGUGUCCGAAGCCAGCCAGAGGACAGACCUCAGCACCACGGUAGUCACUCCGUCCUCUGGACUCAAGAAAAGACCCAUAUCUCGCCUGCAGACCCGAAAGAAUAAGAAGCUUGCUCCCUCUAGCACCCCUUCCAGCAUUGCCCCCUCCGAUGUGGUUUCUAACAUGACACUGAUUAACUUCACACCCUCCCAGCUUCCAAAUCACCCCAACCUGUUAGAUUUGGGGUCACUUAACACGUCAUCUCACCGGACUGUCCCCAACAUCAUAAAAAGGUCUAAGUCCGGCGUCAUGUAUUUUGAACAGGCACCCCUGUUACCGCAGACGGUGGGCGGACCUGCCACAGCGACGGGCACAUCCACUGGGAGCCAGGACACUGGCCAUCUCGCUUCGGGGCCCAUGGCCGGCUUGGCAUCCGGUUCCUCGGUCUUGAAUGUCGUAUCCAUGCAAACGACAACAGCACCUACGAGUAGUGCGUCGGUUCCAGGACACGUCACAUUGGCCAGCCCGCGGCUGCUGGGUGCCCCGGACACCGGCCCCAUAAGCAGCCUGUUAAUUAAAGCCAGCCAGCAGGGCCUGGGGCUCCAGGACAGGCCCGGGGCUCUGCCGCCCAGUUCGGGAAUGUUUCCCCAGCUGGGAUCGCUGCAGACCCCCUCUACCUCGGCGAUGACGGCUGCAUCCGGCGUCUGCGUCCUCCCCGCAACGCAGACGGGGGGCCUAGCGGCCGCCUCCCCCUCUAAGGACACGGAAGAUCACUAUCAGCAUCCGCAUGUGAGCCAGCUCCUAGCCAACAAAGUGGGAGUCCUCCCUUCCCAGCGGGACGCCGACACUGCUCCAGGGGCCCAGGGGCCCAGCUUUGCGCAGGCAGCGGAUGCUCCCAGCAGCCGGGGGCUGGAGCCGAAGAAGGCGGCCGCCUCCGCCGGACAGGCCCGCACCACCUCCCCUGCGGGCUCCCAGUCCUCAAGCCCCUCGGUGCCCGGUCCUGCUCAGCCCAAACCAAAAAGCAAGCGUCUCCAGCUGCCUUCGGACAAAGGCAGUGGCAAGAAGCACAAGGCCUCCCACCUGCGGACCAGCUCCUCAGAAGCACACGUUCCGGACCAGGAUGCCCACCCGUCCUCCCUGACCUCGUCCACAGGGGCCCCCGCCGCGGAGGCCGAGCAGCAGGACACAGCAGAUGGGGAGCCGGCGGCCCCGGAGUGUGGGCAACCCCCGGGGCAAAUGGCUGUUCUUCCUGAGGUUCAGACAACACAAAAUCCAGCAAAUGAACAAGAAAGUACAGACCUGAAGGCGGCAGAGGAAGAAGAUGGAGGCUUCAGCUCGCCGCUCAUGCUCUGGCUGCAGCAGGAACAGAAGCGCAAAGAAAGCAUCACUGAGAAAAAGCCCAAGAAAGGCCUGGUGUUUGAAAUCUCCAGCGACGAUGGCUUCCAGAUCUGCGCCGAGAGCAUUGAAGAUGCCUGGAAGUCGCUGACGGAUAAAGUCCAGGAAGCACGAUCCAAUGCCCGGCUGAAGCAGCUCUCGUUUGCAGGUGUGAGCGGCUUGCGGAUGCUGGGCAUCCUCCAUGACGCAGUCGUGUUCCUGACCGAGCAGCUGCCGGGCGCCAAGCACUGCAGGAAUUACAAGUUCCGCUUCCACAAGCCGGAGGAGGCCAACGAGCCGCCCCUGAACCCGCACGGCUCAGCCCGGGCCGAGGUGCACCUGAGGAAGUCGGCAUUUGACAUGUUUAACUUCCUGGCUUCCAAGCACCGGCAGCCCCCUGAGUACAACCCCCACGACGAGGAGGAGGAGGAGGUGCAGCUCAAGUCAGCCCGGAGGGCGACCAGCAUGGACCUGCCCAUGCCCAUGCGCUUCCGGCACCUGAAGAAGACGUCUAAGGAGGCUGUUGGCGUCUACAGGUCUCCCAUCCACGGCCGGGGUCUCUUUUGUAAGAGAAACAUUGACGCGGGUGAGAUGGUGAUCGAGUACGCUGGCAAUGUCAUCCGCUCCAUCCAGACUGACAAGAGAGAGAAGUACUAUGACAGCAAGGGCAUCGGCUGCUACAUGUUCCGCAUCGACGACUCGGAGGUGGUGGACGCCACCAUGCACGGCAACGCCGCCCGCUUCAUCAACCACUCGUGCGAGCCCAACUGCUACUCGCGCGUCAUCAACAUCGACGGGCAGAAGCACAUCGUCAUCUUCGCGAUGCGCAAGAUCUACCGCGGGGAGGAGCUCACCUACGACUACAAGUUCCCCAUCGAGGACGCCAGCAACAAGCUGCCCUGCAACUGUGGCGCCAAGAAAUGCCGCAAGUUCCUCAACUGAGGCUGCUCCCCACCGCGGGCGGGGCCCGCUCCGGCCCGCAUUGUCCCUGUGGCCGCAGCCCCGGGAGCCCCGCGGGCCUGGUUAUGGCUGUGGAACGGGCCGGUGGAUGUGCUGGAAGGAGCUCCGGGUCGGCGGCAUUGGGAGGUCGGGCUGAACCUCUCCUCAGAGGCGGCCGCCCCUCUGCCGUUUCCCACGCUGCGGCCAGGCGGCCAGGCCCAGGGUCGGGGUUUGGUCCCUGGCCGCCCGCCGCCGGCCCACCUGGAGCCGUCGGGAGCGUUUCCUGGUCUUCCCAGAGAGACUCGGUCUGGGCGGGAGGAGGAGGCUCGGCACCUUCGGUAUCGAAGGCUGUGUUGGAUUGUGCCAAUUAAUUACUAGGCGCCGAGCCUGCGGCUGUAGGGGGAGUGCGUCCCCGUGAGCCUUAUCUCAGCCAGGACCUUCCCUGGCAGUCGGAGCAGCUUCCUCCUCAUCCUCUCCACUCACUGCCCGCGUUUCCCCUGCUCGGCCUCCGCUGCUUUCCAUUCUCGCUGGGUGAGGAGACUGACUCUGCUCAAGGACACUCCUGUGGGCAUACUGUGCACCUCCGGACGUCCCGAGCCCGGAGGCACUCCCGGUGGGAGGUGGGCAGGAGGCUUUGGCUGGACCAGACAGAAUGAGGCAUUUUCACAAAGCUCCGCUGAGAGUUUGGAGAAAUGCCCGGUCUUGAGAUGAGGGGGAGGCAGUUCCAAUAGUUGAGCCGUGCAGCAACCAGAGCGUCGGGCCGGGGCCUCUGGGCCCAUCCCUAGGCCGUGGUGACCGUUUCCCUUUGUGACGACACAGGAAGACGAUCUUUAAGGUCCAUGUCCAGUGGAAGGCACAACACUAAUCAGAUUUCCAGGCCCAAGCCCUGGGGGCUGAGCACCUUGCAUGGAGGGGAUGGCACCUAUGCAAACCCCACGGCCAAGUGAGGUCAUGACACUACUGCCCCGCGCCCACUGCUCCCUCCCUCCCCGACAGUCCCGACCUAUUAAAUUAAGUCAUCAGAUUUUACUCUGUUCUGUUUACAGUUUACUAUUUAAGGUUUUAUAAAUGUAAAUAUAUUUUGUAUAUUUUUCUAUGAGAAGCACUUCAUAGGGAGAAGCACUUAUGACAAGGCUAUUUUUUAAACCGCGGUAUUAUCCUAAUUUAAAAGAUCGGUUUUAAAUAAGUUUUUAUUUUCAUAGGAUGAAGUUAAAGAACUAUUCAGCUGUACAUGCAAAGUCUGGCUUUUCCUGCCCCGCUCCCUGGAAGUUCUGUUGUCCGUGUUAGUUUGUUUGUGCCGUUGACAUAAAUGUUUCCUGGUUUGCUCUUCGACAGUAAAAGGAAAGGAAGGUCACCCGCCCACGGGGCCGCUCCUUCUUCCCCGCUGUCCCUGCCUGGCCCCGGCUCCGAGCCGUGCCCGCUUCGGACUGGCCGAGUGGAUGGCACUGCCAUCGCCGUCACCGCCUCCUCGUAGGUCACCGUGCUCCUCCGCGCCCGAGCCCUCACUCCUGCAGGGACCCCGCUGGCCGAGGUGGGCCGGCCACUCCCCACGCGCGUCUGCUGCUCUGCCUCCGCCGCGGUCCCUCCCCGGCGCCGGGCCCUGGGCUCCGGGACCUCACGCGCCCCGUGUGGCGGCUCUGCGGGGACAUGCCUGUCCCAGCACCGGCCGGGCGCGGAGAAGGCUCCACCCAGACCCCCCGCCUUCCUCUUGCCCGGGAACAAGACAUGGUCCAGGGCUCGCUGCUGUCUGGUUUCCUUUGUUGUUGCACUGUGUGAGGUUUUGUAAAUCCUUUAAUGUUGUUGUUUUUUAUUUAGAAGAAAACCUUAAGCUGCAUUUGUUACUGGAAUGAUUAAUGCACUGAUGGGUCAUGACUUCACCAAAGGCCAGUCUGGGGUGGGGUCACUCAGCUGAGCGGACCCAGUCUGGUCUGCGAGGCCGCGUACUGUGAGCCCCUCUUCUCUGUCCCAGACCGACUCCUGUGGCUGCGGGUGGUCUGCCCGGCCUUGCCCUCCCUGGUUAUAACCACGGAAACAGGUCCCUCCCACAGCUCAGCCUUGAGUUCAUUGCCAAACUUCCGCCACCCUGCCAGGGACGGGGAGGGAGCUGCAGGCAGAGGGGGGACAGCUGCCUCCAAAGCGCCCACAUUUGUUUUGAAAGUGAGCGGAGGAGCCUCCUCACAGAAGGGCAGGCAGGGGCCGCCAUGGCCACUCCCAAGGGGCACCCCAAGUCCCCGGGGAGUGCAGGCUGCGGCCUGGUUGGUUCUGUGAGCGCUGGCACCGCCCAGCUCUGCUGCUGUGGCCGCCCCUCUGUCACCGGGACAGCUGCUGGCGCUGCCUUUGGCCAGAACCCAGUCCCCCCUUUCCUGUCGCCGCCUUCAGCACAGCCCCCCUGGCCUCCGACCCAGGGCGAGUUCGGGGAAGCCCUGGCCUGUGUGCCCGCCCAGGCCCCACCUGCCGGCCCUGCAGACCUGGCCACGCGGGGAGGCCAUGCGGCUCCCUGGGUUUCACACAACACAAGUCUCUCAUGAAUGUAUCUUUCUAAAGGACUGACGUUCAAUCAAAUAUCCGAAACUACUAAAGGUCCAAACCGUGUCAGAUAACUUUUACGUUUGAUUUGGGAUACUUUAAGUUAAAAUUUUUCCUUUUUUCUUUUUCUUUUUUUUUUUUUUUUAAGGAAAAGCGGGUCAUUGCAAAGGGCUGGGUGUGGUUUUGUUUCGUCUCCUUCAUUUAAAGCAAUACAAGUGAUUGAGCAGAUGGUUUUAUGCCGAAUCACGAACACCAAUCAAGACUCACUCUCUGAAAACUUGCAACUUUUGUGUUUUGGUUUUCAAACAAGUAUAAAUAUGAUCUAUAUAGGAACUCACAUAGUAACGCACCGCGUAACAGGCCUCUGCAGCCCAUGGCUUUCACUAACACUAUCGGUAGGGGCGCCGCAGUCCUGGGGCGGGGGAAGGCCGCGGGCCGCUGAUGCUCGGGAGUGGGGAGCCGGACGGGCGCACGUCCCAGUGGGCAGAGACGCGGGAGCCUCCCGGCUGCUGUCCCGCCGGGGGGUGCGGGCAGUGUCUGUGCUCCUCGUUGCUCUAUCUUCGGUUAUGAAUGUUGGGGUCACCACCGCAUUUAGGGGAUAUUGUGUUCUGUGCUUUCCUGGUAUCUUGCUCCAGGUACUCUCGUUCUGUCUUCAACCAAGAAAAUAGACUCGUGGUGUUUCUUUCACUGAACUUUUAACAGUCUCUUUAGUAAAUACAGGUAGUUGAAUAAUUGUUUCAGAAGCUCAACAGAUGACAAGCUUCUUUUCUAAAAAUGACACUUCUUUAUACCUUUAUCAUGUAUAACAGAUCUUUCAGUUGGUUGGUUUGUGUUUUUUCUUUCCUUGUGUUCUUCCAAGCUUCUGGUUAGAGAAAAAAGAGAAGAAAAAAAAGGGAAAAAAAUGUGUCUAAAGUCCAUCAGUGUUAACUCCCUGUGACAGGGACGAAGGAAAAUAACUUUAAUAGUUCAAAAGAUAAUAAUGCUGAAAGCUCUCUACGAAAGACUGAAUGUAAAAGUAAAAAGUGUACAUAGUUGUAAAAAAAAAAAAAGGAGUUUUUAAACAUGUUUAUUUUCUAUGCACUUUUUUUUAUUUAAGUGAUAGUUUAAUUAAUAAACAUGUCAAGUUUAUUGCUGCA